AUGGUUCCCUAUCGCGUCGUCGUAUGUCGUGAAGGCUUUUCAAACCAAACAGGAAAUAGAUUGUUCUCAGCUGCUUGUUCCAUCACACUAGUUUACGGAGCGUUGAACAUUUUAUUCGACCCUGGUGGUCCUUGGGAUUUGGAACUGGUUUUAUCCGCCCUAGCUAAAUACGGUCUUAAACCCGAAGAUAUCAACUAUGUUGUCUGCUCCCAUGGGCACGUAGACCAUAUUGGAAGCCUGAACCAAUUCCCAUACGCGACCAUUAUUGUUGGAACAGAAGUUCGUGUAACGCACACUCCUGGACACACGGCCAAUGACGUUUCUUUAGUAGUCGAGGGGGUGCCUGAGUUGGGCACCGUCGUUGCAAGUGGAGAUAUUUUUGAAAACCACUAUGAUCAGGAGAACCCCAAACUAUGGAAGGAAAAUAGUUUGAAGCCCGAAUUGCAAGAGCGUAGCCGACGUCUAAUCGCAUCUUUUGCGAACUAUAUUAUUCCGGGCCAUGGCCCGAUGUUUAAAGCACGCCCAAUUUGUUGA